GGCAGUGGUUGGCCCUUUACAAAUGGCGACUCACGUUGCAGCACGCCGACUUGUAUAACCGCGUAUCGUGGUGUGUGUCGUACGGCGGUGAGGAUAGAGAUUAUCUCGUGUAAAUAUAUAUUAAAAAGAAAAGUCUAAACGAGAAACCUCGUGACAAGAGGAGUAAAAGAAUUCCUCGAAUAAUCGGUUAAACGAGCUGUCGAACAAUCGGAAUCAAUCAAAGAGGCAUUUAACGAAGAGCCCAUAGAGAAAUUACAAAAUUGUGAGAAUGGGAAACGUUUUAGCAGCGUCCGCGCCACCUCCACCGCCGCCUCCAUCCACGGCUUAUCCACCAAAUUUAGGAAAACCUGAGAUAUCGAGCGGUAAUUUAGCACCUCAGGAAACAAGCGCUCGUCUCGAAAAUCCUGGUACUAUUGACGAACUCCACAAACUCUGCAAAGAUGUAUUCCCAAUGAAUUUUGAGGGCGCAAGGCUGCUACUCAAUAGAGGGCUCAGCAAUCAUUUUCAAAUUUCGCACACACUCACGCUCAGUUCGGCGAUACAAUCUGGAUACAAAUUCGGAGCUACGUACGUAGGUACCAAACAAACCGGACCAACGGAAGCCUAUCCAGUUUUUCUGGGCGAUAUCGAUCCUUCAGGCAAUUUGAAUGCCAACAUUCUCCAUCAACUUGCUCCUAGACUCAAGGGUAAAUUAGCCACCCAAGUUCAAAACAAUAAAUUUACUGCAGUGCAAUUGACCACCGAUUACCGAGGAGAUUCUUACACGGCUUCUCUCACACUUGGAAAUCCUGACAUCACAAAUGGCACAGGAUUAAUGGUGGGCCAUUAUCUCCAAACCAUAACUCCGUCAUUAGCUCUCGGUACUGAAAUAGCACAUCAACGAAGUCCCGUGCCCGGUGGACAGAUCACUGUCGUUUCAGCAGUCGGUCGUUAUACGAGUGGCGAGUCAACCGUAAGCGCGAGUGUCGGCCUGACCGGUGUUCACUUGUGUUUCCAUCAAAAAGUCAAUACGGAGCUCCAAGUAUCGGCGGAGCUUGAAGUGAACGCGAGGGUACAAGAGUCGACCGCAACUGUAGCUUAUCAAUACGAUCUUCCCAAGGCAGAUUUAGUUUUUAAAGGAAGCGUUGAUUCGAAUUGGACGGUGGCAGCGGUCCUGGAGAAGAAAUUGCAGCCAUUGCCAUUCACGCUAGCGCUGAGCGGCGUAUUGAAUCACUCGAAGCCAGACUUUAAGCUCGGUUGUGGUCUGAUGAUCGGUUAAAGUCGAUCAAAAUUCGUCGCAUAGCUCAUGUUUUUCUUUCUCUUUAUUUCGUACUCUCCUUUUUUUUACCCGUGGUGCAAACGAAUUUUGUUCGUACUCGCGUUACACCGAGAUCGCAAGAAGAGCCCGAAACCAAAAAAUGAACGUAUUUCCAACUUUCUUACUUCGGAGCGUGAUCUCAAGUCGUUGAUUCCGCACUCCGUCACUGAAAGUGUAAACAACGCGCGUUUCCUUAUUAAAGAAAUCAUUCGAUAAAUCAACGCAUUUCCUUCGUCCACGUUUCUCUUAUUUUUCUACAUUUUUCGUUACGUCUUAUAUGAGUCACUCAUUUUUAUCUCUUUCUCUUCUCGUGUCCCACACAUCGUCCAGCUUCUCUCGUUGCUAAUUAAUUUUGAUUGUAUAUAUCCUAAAAUGAGCAUUAUAUUUGGAAACAAAAUUUCGUUUGAUCGCACAAUUUUUAUUUAUUUUUUUUCUUGAAUAAUCCGUGGCUCCGGUUACUCUCGGAUUCCGUUGCUGUAUUAUGCAAGAAAUCUGAAAAAUUCAGCUUUGAUUUUGCCAUUGAAUUUUUAUCGAUUUUCAGCAUGUGCAAUAUAAUUAACUCGCGUCUUUAAUCAAAAUAUUGGUAAAGUUGAAUACUGAAAGAAAAUUGGUUUUAAAAAAUGUUUAAAUAAGAAAAUAGUCGUUUGAAAAGUGGAAGAAAAAUGUAAAAAUCGAAUGAAUUACAAUACAAAAUCAUUGUUGUUACGUUUCAUGGCCCAAACGGCAUCGAUGCAUCAACGUUCUCUCAGUCUAAGUAGAAUUUCUGGGAUGAGAAGAAAAAACGAUAAAAAUAAUUGAGAAGUGAGUGAACGCGGAUAACUUUUCGUUUAUUUUUUUUAAAUCCCUCAUUUUUGUCAUAUUUUCGGAAUUUUCGGCGAAAUACCCGAACGAACAUUCGUUUGCGAAAGCCGUGUACAGAUUUUGCUUCGAUUCACGUCCGACAAAGUUUCCUCAUGUGUUUUUUUUUUUUUUUUUAUUUAGUAAUUUUGCUUCUAUGAUAGAUCUCAUUAUUUCUACGACGCUUAUACCGAUGAAGAAUAUUCUUCGAGUCUGAAUGAACGAAAAGAAAACGUAAAGCUAGCGAUCGAUUUAAAAUCUACGGAGAGAAACACGAAGAAGGAGAACAAAUCAGUGCAGUUGUGUAACGAUUAUAUUUAUGAAAAUGCAUUUCAGACUAUCGACAUCGACGAGACAAUGUUAAACAGAGAAUAUAUUGUUAAAGUUCUUUCGUGUUAUCCCUGUUGUAGAUAUUCGAAAUACGUAGGUCGUAUUUCCUCUCCCCUACACACAAUCCCCAGCCAGUGAGAGUGUAUUUUACCAAAAAAAAAAAAAAAAACAAGGCCAUAUACAUAUAAAUCUUGCUAUAUCACGA